CGAGCCCCCUUUGCCCCUCACGCCCACCAUACUGAGCCGCGGCUGCUGGACAGGAGACCCGGAAGGGAAGCAUAUUGGGAAGAGGAGGCAGCCUCCUCGGGCGGCGGCGGAGGUGGAGGGAGCCUCGGCUGCCGGCACUAGGAGGCUGCAGCAGCAGUGGGGCGAGAGGGGUGAGGCUGGAGCUGGCGCUUCCUCCUGGUGCUUUGCCCCCCCUCCCCGUCCCGCCCCCGCCUCGCUCUCCACCGGCAGCUCCCUGCUGCCCGCCCGCCCGCCUAGGAGGAGGCAGCAGCGCUGCUCUCUAGAUGGGAGGUGGAUAAGCUGGAGGAACCAUGUUCAGCUUUGAAGGGGAGUUCAAAACCAGGCCCAAGGUGUCUCUUGGAGGAGCCAGCAAGAAGGAGGAAAAGGCAUCUUUGUUACACCGCACGCAGGAGGAAAGACGGAAACGAGAGGAAGAAAGGAGAAGGCUGAAAAAUGCAAUAAUCAUCCAAUCCUUUGUACGGGGGUACAGGGACAGAAAACAUCAAUAUUCCAUUCAGAGGAGUGAAUUUGAUCACUGUGCUAAUUUAGCACAAUCUGGAGGAAGUUUCUCCACGGCCAAUGGAGCAAACCUGACUCUUCUGGUGCGCCAGCUUCUGUUUUUCUAUAGACAUAAUGAAGAUUCUAAGCGUUUGAUAUGGAUAUGUCAAAACUUGAUUAAACAAAAUUAUCAGUUUGUGAAGCAGCUCGAUGGCCCUGACAAACUUACAUGCCUAUUCCAGAUAAAAAGGCUGUUGGGGCUAUGUUGCAGAUUGCUGCAAAACUGCAAUGAUGACAGUCUGAAUGUUGCACUUCCCAUGAGGAUGCUUGAAGUAUUUUCGUCUGAGAAUACCUAUUUGCCUGUUUUACAAGAUGCUAACUAUGUUGCAUCAGUUAUUGAACAAAUCUUGCACUAUGUGAUUCAGAAAGGAUACUACAGGUCCCUUUAUCUGCUAAUAAAUAACAAGCUUCCAUCAAGUAUUGAAUAUUCUGAUGUCUCUCGGGUUCCUAUUGCAAAAAUAUUGCUAGAGAAUGUUCUGAAGCCAUUGCACUUUAAUUAUAGUUCAUGUCCAGAAGAUGCCAAGCAACAGAUUUUUGCUGCUUUUACAGAAGAGUUCCUGGCAGCACCUUUUACAGAUCAGAUAUUCCAUUUCAUCAUUCCAGCACUUGCAGAUGUGCAGACCUGUUUCCCUUAUGAACUCUUUCUGAAUGCACUAUUGUUAACAGAAAACAGGCAUUCACGAAAAAGUGAAAAAGCUCCAUGGCUUUUUUACUGUGUUCUGACAAUUGGUGAAACGUAUUUAGGACUCCUUUCAGAAGAAGGGCUACUUGUGUAUUUGCGAGUACUCCAGAUGUUUCUUUCUCAGUUACCUGUAUCUACAUCAGGUUCAGAUUGUCAAGAUUCACCCAGCGACUCUGAAGAUGAGGAUGGAGAAAUUGGUAAAAUGACUUCCAUGACGGGAGAUGGAAGAAUAUCAGUCCAGUGUAUAACAGAGGAGUGUCUUUCAAAACUGGAUACAAAGCAGCAGACAAACACUCUGCUAAACAUGGUUUGGAGAGAUUCAGCUAGUGAAGAAGUCUUCACUCUGAUGGCCUCCAUCUGCCACACACUGAUGGUGCAGCACCGGAUGAUGGUGCCAAAAGUCAGACUUCUGUACAGCUUAGCUUUUAAUGCCAGGUUUCUGAGGCAUCUUUGGUAUUUAAUCUCCUCGAUGACGACACAAAUGAUUACUGGGUCUAUGGUGCCACUUCUUCAGGUGAUAUCUCGUGGUUCACCAAUGUCUUUAGAAGAUUCCAGUAGGAUCAUCCCUAUCUUUUAUCUUUUUAGUUCAUUGUUUAGCCACUCACUUAUUUCUAUUCAUGAUAACGAAUUCUUUGGUGAUUCUAUAGAAGUUAUAGGUCAAAGACAAUCAUCAAUGAUGCCUUUUACAUUAGAAGAAUUGGUAAUAUUAUCACGCUGCCUUCGAGAUGCUUGCUUAGGUAUUAUUAAAUUGGCAUAUCCAGAAACCAAGCCAGAAGUUCGUGAAGAAUACAUUGCAGCAUUUAGAAGUGUUGGAGUCACCACAAAUACAGAAAUGCAACAGUGUAUACAAACGGAACAAAAACGAUGGAUACAGCUCUUUAAGGUAAUCACUAACUUAGUGAAGAUGUUGAAAUCUAGAGAUACGAGACGGAAUUUUUGUCCACCAAAUCACUGGUUAUCAGAACAAGAAAACAUUAAAGCAGAUAAGGUUACACAGCUUUAUGUGCCAUCAGCCAGACAUGUGUGGAGAGUGAGAAGAAUGGGAAGAAUAGGCCCCUUGCAGUCUACUUUGGAUGUGGGCUUGGAUCCAGCACCCCUCUCUGUGUCUGAGGAACGGCAGCUUGCAAUAUUGACUGAGCUACCUUUUGUGGUUCCUUUUGAAGAACGAGUAAAGAUCUUUCAAAGACUGAUCUAUGCUGACAAACAGGAGGUUCAAGGAGAAGGUCCAUUUCUGGAUGGAAUUAACGUCACUAUCAGAAGAAACUAUAUUUAUGAAGAUGCAUAUGACAAACUCUCUCCUGAAAAUGAACCUGAUUUGAAAAAACGUAUCCGUGUUCAUUUACUUAAUGCUCAUGGUCUAGAUGAAGCCGGUAUCGAUGGGGGUGGAAUAUUUAGAGAAUUUCUGAAUGAACUGCUUAAAUCAGGGUUUAACCCUAACCAGGGAUUUUUCAAAACCACUAAUGAAGGACUGCUUUACCCUAAUCCUGCUGCACAGAUGCUUGUUGGAGAUUCUUAUGCAAGGCACUACUAUUUCCUUGGAAGGAUGCUUGGAAAGGCUUUAUAUGAAAACAUGCUUGUCGAGCUUCCAUUUGCCGGUUUUUUUCUCUCCAAGUUGCUGGGGACAAGUGCAGAUGUGGACAUUCAUCACCUGGCUUCCCUGGAUCCUGAAAUGUAUAAAAACUUGCUUUUCCUCAAGAGUUAUGAAGGGGAUGUGGAAGAACUUGGGCUGAACUUUACUGUGGUGAAUAAUGACUUGGGGGAGGCACAGGUGGUUGAGCUGAAGCCAGGUGGAAAGGAUAUUCCUGUCACCAGCGCUAACCGAAUCGCAUACAUCCAUCUUGUGGCAGACUACAGAUUAAACAAACAGAUCAGACAGCAUUGCCUUGCAUUUAGGCAAGGUCUUGCCAAUGUCGUUAACCUUGAGUGGCUUAGAAUGUUUGAUCAACAAGAAAUUCAGGUUUUGAUUUCCGGUGCCCAGGUUCCUAUUAGUCUAGAUGACUUGAAAACAUUCACAAACUAUUCAGGUGGUUAUUCUGCAGAUCAUCCAGUAAUCAAAAUCUUUUGGAGAGUUGUAGAAGGUUUCACUGAUGAAGAAAAACGUAAAUUACUCAAGUUUGUGACAAGCUGCUCACGGCCUCCUCUCUUGGGGUUUAAGGAAUUGUAUCCGGCCUUUUGUGUACACAAUGGAGGCUCUGAUUUAGACAGAUUGCCCACUGCCAGUACUUGCAUGAAUCUCUUGAAGCUGCCAGAGUUUUAUGAUGAAAACCUUAUGCGAAGUAAGCUUCUUUACGCCAUUGAAUGUGCUGCUGGAUUUGAGCUGAGCUGAAGUUUAAUCAAAUGCUCCGUUAAAGAACUAAUCAGUGCCUACUCAAUAAGCAGAUUAAGGGAAUUCCGUGUAGGUUUCUUCAGUUCAUCUUUGCUGUCAAACUCUCAAGUAGGCUUCAGUUUUAACACAAGAUGUUAAGUUUGCUGUCAUUCACUAGCGUGUCAUUACAUUGACACUACCUUGUUCUGAUUAAAAAUAACGCUGUGUGCAAUUUGGUAGGCUUUCCAAGAAAGAGCAUAUUUGAUCACAGUAACAUCUUAGUGGGAAAUUAACCAAAGAUGAAGCUUUGGCUUUGUGCUGUUCAAAUACAAGUAACUCCACAAGCUGACAAUAAAGCAAAUGUUCAAAGCAGCCCACUGGGAAGAAACAGGGUGAUCCCCUUGGAGAGGGAAGCAAGCAAUUUGCAUGGAACUGAGAGGCUCCGAAAUGAUUAGCGAUGACAUCUUUGUCGAGUGGCAGGAAUUGUUUACAGAUCUUUCAGCACCUGUGACUUGUUGCAGCUGAACACAAAAUGCAUUUUUAAUAACGUGGUAGGCACUGAGAGAGAACAUUUAUCUCGUGUGUGUGUGUGUGUUUGAAAUACCUUCAGUAAUCUGGACAGGCAUGCCUAUUCUUCAGUUACUACCUUAACCAAUGUCAUGAUCAAUUGGGCAUUGUUACAAACUGAUGUAACUGUCCAUGGUUUCUUCUGUGCUCAGUUUAAUUUUUUCCUCUGUGCCUGUAGACUCCCCCACCCCAAAUGUAUCAAACUUCUUUGGCAUAUAGAGUACAUACAAUAGUUGUGACUCUGGGUGGAAAAAUACCUGUAACAACUAUUAAAACAAUUUUGAACUGAAGCUUCAGGCUUUAUCUCUUGUGUUUGAAAGCCUGCAGGUGUUCACAUACCUUCAUUAGUUUUCUCCAUACAGGAUAACUGUGCUUGGGAUAGAAACUGGGCUGUUUUCAAUAUUUUUCCUGACAAAGCAGCUAUUAAUCUGCUUGCUCAGUUAGUAAGUCUGCUUGGACAUUGAGGGGGGCAGGGAAUGUGUUACUUUACUCUGUGUGUGGUUGCCAAGGGAAACAUUUGUUUCAUGUGGUUCAGAAAUAGUCACAGCAUUGGGUCAACAUUUGUCUUCAUGUGCAAUUCUCACUAAAUUAUUUUUUUAUUAAAAAAAAAAAUUGGAACCUAAAUAGUUAACAGGCAGAAUCAAGUGUGUCCUUUAUUGUCAACUGAAAGAGACCUGAGAGAACUUUAUAAUCAGGAGGCCACUCCAUCAGUGGUCUUCUAGACUUUAAAUAAAUAAAUAAAUAAAUAAAUCAAAACCUAUUUUACUGCUGCAGGAAAAUCCUGAAUUUCAUAUUUAACUAGCAGUAAACAGCAAUAUAUUUUAAAUGUGCAGAAGAGCUCUGAGUGAUUUUAAGAUGUUUACUAGUGUUAGUAUAAAAUGUAUAAUUUCAUGAUUUGGAUAAGAAAUGAAGUGUUAAAAAUACUAUUUGUAGUCUCAAUGUACAGAAAUAAAACCAUUGUUUUCUUUUUU